AUGGGUCAACCGGUGGAACAAUUUCUCAAACCGAAGCCAGCUCGGUUUGAUGGUGCUGGAGAUCCAGAUAUGGCACCUCAAUGGAUCGAGAAGCCGGAGAAGGCCUUUGAGGUUCUUGGAUGCACCGAUGAAGAAAAGGUGACCCUGGCGGCGUACCGGUUAGAGGGUAUCGGAGAUGAUUGGUGGAAGGCCACCGGAGGAAGAAUAUUUCCCGAGGGCGCUGCUCUCACUUGGACCGCCUUUACCGAGGCAUUUAAUGGGAAGUAUUUCUCGGAGAUCGCUCGGGAGCGGAAGUUGGUAGAGUUCCAACAACUUCGCGGGAACCAACUAUCAAUCGAUCAAUAUGAAACGGAGUUUGCUAGGCUGUCAAGAUAUGCACCGAGGAUGGUGGAGAACCUAAUAAACAAGGCGCGGAGAUUUCGAGAUGAACUUAGGCCCGACCUUCGUAGUCGGAUGAUUGCACCGAACUUGAGGACUUGUGAAGAAAUAUAUGAACGAGGUCAGAUGAUUAAUGGAGACAUGAAAGAAAGGGUCGCCGCAUCUAGUUCGCGGUUUGCUCAUGUCGGGGAUAAUCGUCAAGUUGGCAAGAGGCCAAUGGCGGGUAAUAGACGCUUCAUCCCUCCAAUCCGGAAGAACAUUGGGAAGCUCAUCCAUCGGACCAACCGGAAUUGUCGCCUGUGCCGCAGAAGGCACAGGGAAUGGACCCCGCCCGAGCGAACGGGCGAGUGCUUCAAGUGUGGCCAGCUGGGCCAUCAUGUAAGAAACUACCCAAGCCAAGCUCCAGGACCGCGAUCGCAAGGACAGUGA